AGAUUACGUGUUCAUGCUUGAUAAAGAAGGUUCACGAAUUAAUAAUCCUCAACAUAAUAACAAUGAAGCAGGUGUCGACAUUGAUUCUUCAAUGAAAAUUCCAGGAGAUUAUCAACAAAUGACACAAAUGAUAAAAUCAAUUAUCAGGCGACGAAAUGCCAUAAAUGGAUGCAAAGUGAUUACGGCGAUCGGUGAUAUGCGAUCCUCAUCAUCAUUUAGACCGGGUAUUCUAAUGACAUUACCCAAGGGAUUUGGACCAAAAAUUCAAUAUUCCGGGAGCUGA